AUGAUACCAACACCGAGGUUUUGCGGCUUCGUAAGACGAAGUUUGAAAACUACAGCAAAGCAGUUGAUGACAUUUGAAGGUAGCAGCCUAGGCGUCAUAGGCAAUGACGAAGAAAAGAUGAACAAUGUGUUUGGUGGCAGGAUUAAAGGUGAGCCUCGGCGCUCAACUAGCCGAAUGAUUAAGAGGGGGUCUAGAGAUAUAGCUGGAAUUCCAGUGCCGGAAAGGCCUAUCGAGCCUGAUAACUGUUGUAUGUCGGGGUGUGUGAAUUGCGUUUGGGAGAUAUACAACGAAGACCUUAAAGAAUGGAAAGACAGGCGGAAGCAAGCCGCUGCCAAACUCAAAGGUACAGAUACUAAAUGGCCCGCAGACUUUGAUCCUCCUUUGAGUUUCUUGGACAUUCGAAACGUGCCAAGUAAUCUCAAGACGUUGAAGAUAAAGCUCGACAAACAGAAGCAACGGGGUACUUCAGGUCUAUUUCCUCCGAGAGAGGACAAGCUGCCUCAAAGUGUUCUAGAUGCCAAACGGAAACGUCGCGAGGAAAGAGCUGAAAGCGCACAGGCCUUGGGCAUUCAAGAAGACCAAAAUGAGGGGUGGGAUAACAUACCAGUUUUUAUUCGCGUGUUUGCUGAAUUUGAAAAGAAGAAGAAAGAAGCCAAACAAUCACAAAAAUCCUGUUAA